AUGGCAUGUUUGAAGUUGAAAAAGUUUGAGGAAUUUCUGCAAACGGUUGACGGUUUCGAGAAUCCUAAAGUAACGUUGGAACAGUACAUUACUCCGUCCCACAUAGCGAGUCACAUGCUGUACACGAUUCAGACCAACUAUGACGAUUUGGAAAACAAAUUGGUCCUUGAUUUGGGAUGCGGGGCUGGUAUGUUGAGCGUGGGAGCAUCGCUACUCGGUGCUGCACACGUUGUCGGCGUUGAAAUCGAUUCGGAUGCGAUUGAGAUUUUCAAGAGUAACAUUGAAGGAUUCGAACUAGACAACGUAGAUUGUGUGCAGUGGGAUGUACUAGGAAUGGAGGGGAUUGAUUUUGACCGCAAGUUCGACACGGUACUUAUGAAUCCACCAUUUGGAACAAAGCAAAACAGUGGUAUUGAUAUGAAAUUCCUUCGUAUUGGCCUUGCACUUGCUAAACAUAGAGUAUAUUCACUUCACAAAACGUCCACUAGAGAACACAUAAAGAAAAAAGCUAUUGAAUGGAACGUUAAAGCCAACGUUGUUGCAGAAUUGAAAUACAACCUUCCUCAGACUUAUAAGUUUCACAAACGUUCAAGUGUGGAUAUCGCUGUAGAUUUAUGGCGGUUUGAAAUGAGUAAAUAGCAUUGAAAACAUUGCAAUUAUUUUAUAAUCUUUUUUGCAUGCAAUUACUAAUAAAACAACAAGAUUGCUUUGUAAUAAAACAAAACAUCGUUGAUUCUCGAGAAAAAAGGUUGGUCAUCCUACGUUCAUAAAAGAGAAGAAGCCCUUUCAUCACAGUUUAAUAUACAUCUCAAGAUUUAUUCAAAAACAAGUCCCUGUGCCAACGGUAAAUCAGGAGAAUGGUUUACAGUGAUCGUUGAUCGACGAACGUAUUGCUUCCAAGCAUCGGAUCCUGAUUCACGACCACCACCGGUAUGCUUCUCGCCUCCGAAUGCACCUCCGAUUUCCGCUCCAGACGGAGACGUGUUGAUGUUGACAAUUCCACAGUCGGAUCCACCCUCACCGAUCCACUGUAA